CUCUUCUCCUCUCACUCAAGGACAAGUAUCAAGAACACAACAGAAUCCGCUAUCUCUUCCUACACAAAAUCGCUCCAAUACACCAACGUCUGUUGGUUCUAGAUGAGAAGAUGUGAGGAUUCUAUUCCUGCUCUUUCAGAAUCAUCCAGCCUUUGUUCCUCUAGUGGAGGUGACAUCAGUUAUGGUUCUAGAAAAUUGGGACCUGCAUUUGAUGGAUUGUUUGAAAUUGGUCAGAAUUGAGGACAUCAGCAUAUGGGCAAUGAUAUAAUUGUUCACAAUUUAUGGUGAGCUUUAGAGUAUGACUGGAUCAUCUCUCUGUGCGCUGCCUAAGCUCUACUUGUUAAAUUGAUGGCCACACAGUUACCCUCAUCCCAAGACAAUAACAACCAAGCAGCUAAAUGGGAUGCAACUCGCGAUGCUUAUCUUGUUGAGCAACUACUCUAUCAUCAAAGUAUUGGAAGACGACCUCAAUCUGUCUGGUCAAAGGAGGCUUGGAGGGAAACUCGUGCUGCCUUUAAUCUUAAAUUCAGCACAUCAUAUAAUGUAAAGGUGUUUAAAAACCGCCUAACAAAACUGAAGGAUCAACACAACACCAUAAGGGAGCUUAUUGGUGUGAAUGGUUUUGGUUGGGAUGAUCAUUAUCACAUGGUCACUGCUGAAAACACAGUGUGGGACGAAUAUAUACUGAAAUAUCCCAAAGCAAAACAUUUCCGUGGAAAAACUUUUCCAUUAUACAAUCGUCUUUGUAUAAUGUUCGAAGGCAUGUCAAGUGAAGGCAGAGAUGCACAAUCCAUUGGACGCCCAAAAGUGAUUGAUGAAACAGAAAAUGCACAAAGUCAACGUUGCGUUGCUGACGUUGCCUACAUGGACAAUGAUACAGUCCCAAGUAGUGAUGAUGAAACUUCAUCAGAGCAGCCAAUUCAAAAUAGGACCAGGAUGUCACCAGUAUCAAGUACUCGUCGGGUAAGAAGAAGAUGUGAAAGUGUUGGAGAAAAAUUAAUAAGCUUAUUGACAGAUUUGUUAGCUGGGCAUGCUGGAAAAUUUCAUGCCAGCCAACCAUUGCAAACAUCAGCUACAAGUGGGGAAUACUCUUACAGUGAAUGCCUGCAAGAGUUGAAAAGGAUUGAAGGCUUAGCUAUGAGUGAAAUUGUAAAGGGGGCUCAUGUAUUAAAGGAUGAACAAAACAGGAUAGCUUUCAUGACUUUUGAAGGACCAGCUCGUGUAGCUUUCUUGCAAUCUUGUUUUAAGUGAGUUUUGAGUUCUCUGUAUUUUUGUAGGAAUGAUAAACUGUUCUUUCAUUCUGUGGCUCAGUUUCACAAUCUGUUGUUGUGAUGAAUGAUUCCUAUUCUGGACUAAUAAACACAUUUUUUUCAGUGAAAAUAGUUAUGAUUAU